AUGGCUGGUGUAAUGGAAAAUGCAAGAAAGCAGAUUCAACGACUCAAUAUAGAUGACCAAAAAGAGGGCCAAUAUGGAUCCAUCUACUCUGUUUCGGGACCAGUUGUGGUUGCUGAAAACAUGAUUGGAUGUGCCAUGUACGAAUUGGUCAAGGUUGGUCAUGACAACUUAGUCGGAGAAGUCAUUAGAAUCAAUGGUGAUAAAGCAACUAUACAAGUUUACGAAGAGACAGCUGGUGUUACUGUAGGUGACCCUGUUUUGCGUACCGGUGCUCCUUUGAGUGCCGAGUUGGGACCAGGUUUACUAAACACCAUUUAUGAUGGUAUCCAACGUCCAUUAAAGGAGAUUAAAGACGAAACAAACUCAAUUUAUAUUCCCCGUGGUAUUGAUGUUCCAGCAUUGAGCAAGACAGUACAGUACGACUUUAAGCCUGGCCAAUUGAAAGUUGGUGAUCACAUUACUGGUGGUGAUAUUUUUGGUUCCGUUUUCGAAAACUCUUUGUUGGAUGACCACAAAAUCUUGUUACCACCAAGAGCAAGGGGUACCAUCACCUCGAUUGCAGAGGCUGGUUCUUAUACCGUUGAAGACACUGUGUUGGAAGUUGAGUUUGAUGGCAAGAAACACAAGUACUCAAUGAUGCACACUUGGCCAGUGAGGGUCCCAAGACCAGUGGCUGAGAAAUUGACUGCUGAUUACCCAUUGUUGACUGGUCAAAGAGUUUUGGACUCCUUGUUCCCAUGUGUCCAAGGUGGUACCACCUGUAUCCCUGGUGCUUUUGGAUGUGGAAAGACUGUUAUUUCCCAAUCAUUGUCCAAGUACUCCAACUCAGAUGUUAUUAUUUACGUUGGUUGUUUUACCAAGGGUACUCAGGUCAUGAUGGCCGAUGGUAAGGACAAAUCAAUUGAAGAUGUUCAAUUGGGUGAAUUAGUCAUGGGUAAAGAUGGUGACGCUAGAAAAGUUGUUGGUUUGCCAAGAGGCUUUGAUACAAUGUACAAAGUGGAGCAAAUUGGCCAUGACGACAGCUUAAACUUUACUGUUUCUGCUGACCACAAGCUUGUUUUGAAAACAGAACAAAGAAUUGAAGUCACUACACGUAAAUUUGCUGGUAAAAAUUACGCUGCUGUGAACUACUUUGCCAUGGGUAAAACAAAGAAAUCAGCUGGAGGUAAAGAUGGUGUUGAAAUUGUAAGAGUCAAGAGCAAGGUAUUUGCACACCAUAUUCACGGUAAAGAAGUUGCCGAAAGUAAAGCAUUGGAGUUUGCAGCUUCCGUUGAUAUGUCUGCCAUUGAAUGGGUGGUUGAAGCUAAAGACUAUUACGAGCAAGUUGAAGAUACCGUUAAGCAAAACUCGACUCAACUGAUCAACCCAGUCUUUUACGAGUCUAAUGCAAUUGGAAAAUGGUUGGCAGAUAAUGGUGAAACUAAACCUUCCUCAGCUUCCGAGUUGGCAUACUUGAUGGGUGCCGCUUUUAAUGAAUCAAGAGAGUCAAUUUCCGAUGCCGCAACAAAUACAAAGAGAACUUUGGAGAAUGUUGAAUUCGAUGACUUGAAGUCGGUUGAUUCUUCUCUUGAUUUAUCAAUGGAUGAUGGAUACGAAACUGAUAAUACUUCUAUCCAUUCUGUUAAUGAGAAAGAAAGCGUAAAUGUUGCUCGUCUUCUUAAGCAAGCUCUUGACCAUUUCGGUUUCAGCACUGGCAGUAAUAAAGUUAUCCCAUCAAGUAUUGCAGUUGAAAACAUUGAAGUAAGAGAGUCCUUUUUAGCUGGUUUUGUUGAUGCUUCUCAAACUGAGUUGAAACAAGACUCUGCCAUUAUCAACAUCGGUGCCUCUAACAAGUCCAUAAUUGCCAACAUCGUCAAGUUGGCUCGUUCAUUGGGUAUCAAGGCAGCUUGUAAGGAUGAUGGAUUAAACAGAAUUACUCUUGAAGGGCCAGCUCUUGCAGGGGUUUUGUCCAAAUGUUCAUCCUCAUCUGUUGAUGCAAAAUCUUUUGCAAGAGAUGCUGUUCCAUUCAACUUUAAUCUUUUGAGAUCAGCAAAGGAAGAUUACUACGGUAUCACACUUAGUGAGACAUCAGACCACAUGUUCCUUCUCUCGAAUUUGGCCCUUGUUCACAACUGUGGUGAGAGAGGUAACGAGAUGGCUGAAGUGUUGAUGGAGUUCCCUGAAUUAUAUACCGAGAUUGACGGAAGAAAAGAACCAAUCAUGAAGCGUACUACAUUGGUUGCCAACACAUCCAACAUGCCUGUUGCUGCCAGAGAGGCUUCGAUUUACACUGGUAUCACAUUGGCUGAAUAUUUCAGAGAUCAAGGUAAGAAUGUUUCCAUGAUUGCUGACUCCUCGUCACGUUGGGCAGAGGCAUUGAGAGAAAUCUCUGGUAGAUUGGGUGAAAUGCCUGCCGACCAAGGUUUCCCAGCUUACUUGGGUGCCAAAUUGGCAUCUUUUUACGAGAGAGCAGGUAAAGCAACGGCGUUGGGUUCACCAGACAGAGUCGGUUCUGUUUCAGUGGUUGCUGCUGUUUCUCCUGCAGGUGGUGAUUUUUCUGAUCCUGUUACCACAGCUACUUUGGGUAUCACCCAAGUGUUUUGGGGUUUGGACAAAAAACUCGCACAAAGAAAGCAUUUCCCUUCGAUUAAUACAUCAGUUUCUUACUCCAAGUAUACCAACAUUUUGAACAAAUACUAUGACUCAAAUUAUGCUGAGUUCCCACAGUUGAGAAACAAAAUCAAGGAGAUUUUGUCGAAUGCUGAGGAAUUGGAACAAGUUGUCCAAUUAGUUGGUAAAUCUGCAUUGAGUGACUCUGACAAGAUCACAUUGGAUGUUGCCACCUUGGUUAAGGAGGAUUUCUUGCAACAGAAUGGUUACUCUACAUACGAUGCCUUUUGUCCAAUCUGGAAGACAUUUGAUAUGAUGAGAGCAUUCAUUUCAUAUCAUGAUGAGGCACAAAAGGCGGUUGCCAAUGGAGCACAAUGGUCCAAAUUGGCUGAAGCUACAGCUGAUGUGAAACAUGCUGUUUCAUCUGCAAAAUUCUUUGAGCCUUCUAGAGGUGAAAAAGAGGGUGAGAAGGAGUUUAAUGCCUUGUUGACCAAUAUCUCGGAAAAGUUUGCCGAAGCAUCUGAAUAA